GUGGGGAGCGGAGCGGUUCGGGCGCAGCCAGGUGCAGGGAGCGACCCGCGGCGCCCCCCAGCCAGCGCCGCCCGGAUUGAGGAUGGCUCCCACGCGGGGCCAGCUGCUCCGGCUCUGGCCCCUGCUGCUCGGCCUGGCCGAGGCCCUCACCAUCCCCAAGGAAUACGAGAUGCACAACCUGCGGCAGCCCCCUGAGAUGAUGGAGCAGCCGGCGGAGAAGCUGGUCGUGUUCCCCAGCGAUGACAUUGUGCUGCGGUGUGAGGCCACCGGGACACCCCCCCUCGAGUUCCGCUGGACGAAGGACGGACGCAGGUUCGACCCGCGCCGGGAGGCCGGGGUGACGGUCGUCGAGGGCUCGGGGACCCUGUACGUCAACAACAGCAAUGCGGGGCGGCACCAGGGCAUCUAUCGGUGCUACGCCAGCAACGACCUGGGCACGGCCAUGGGGCCGGAGAUCCACGUCAUCGCCGAGAGCACCCCCCAGUGGCCCAAGGAGAAGGUUUCCCCAUUGGAGGUGGAGGAGGGGGAGUCUGUCGUCCUGCCCUGCAACCCCCCCGCCAGUGCCGUGCCCCCCAAAAUCUACUGGCUGAACAGCCGCAUUGUGCACAUCGCGCAGGACGAGCGGGUCAGCAUGGGGCAGGACGGGUACUUGUACUUCGCCAACGUCCGGCGCUCGGACAGUCACCCCGACUACAUCUGCCACGCCCACUACCUGGGCCCCCGCACCAUCAUCCAGAAAGAGCCGAUCGAGCUGCGGGUCCGACCCACCAACUCGGUGAAGUAUCGCCAGCCCCGGAUGAUGGUGCCGCCCGGGGAGAGCAGCUCCCACGUCGCCCUGCGGGGUUCCAGCCUGGCCCUGGAGUGCAUCGCGGAGGGCUUCCCCACGCCCACUGUGGAGUGGAUCCGUCUGAACGGCCCCCUGCCCGCGGAGCGCACGGCCCUGGAGAACUCCCAGAAAACUCUGCGGAUCCGGGACGUGCUGGAGGAGGACGACGGGGAGUAUCAGUGUAUCGCCCACAACACGCAGGGCACCACCCGCCACAUCUACACCGUCACCGUGGAAGCCGCCCCCUACUGGGCACAGCAGCCCCACAGCCGGGUGUACGGCCCCGGGGAGAACAUUCGGCUCGACUGCUCCGUCUACGGGAAACCCAAACCCCGGGUGUCCUGGAGGGUCAAUGGCGUCCCCUGGGCAGAGCUGGCGCCGGACUCGGCGCGGACGCUGCGCUCGGGGGCCCUGAUCCUCACUCAGGUGCAGCCCAACGACUCGCUGGUGACGCAGUGCGAGGCCGUGAACCGCCACGGCCGCCUGCUGGCCAACGCCUACAUCUACGUCAUCCAGCUCCCGGCGAAGAUCCUGACCCCGGACGAGCAGCGCUACACCGUGGUGGAGAACCAGACGGCGUCCCUGGACUGCCAGACCUUCGGGGCACCCAUGCCCAGCGUGGAGUGGUUCACCGAGCGGAUGGAGCCAGCCCUGCAGGACGAACGCGCCUUCGUCCACACCAACGGCACCUUGCGCCUGAGCCGGGCCCAGCGCCAGGACACCGGCGCCUACGUCUGCCUCGCCCAGAACGACCAGAACAACGUCACCAUCAACGCCUGGCUUGAGGUCAAAGGCGCGACGCGGAUCGAGCUGGGACCCCAAAGUGCUGUGGUGAAGAAAUUCAGCAACGUGACCUUCCAGUGCCGGGCACGGUUUGACGAGACGCUGCCGGAGCGCGGAGUCGAGUGGCGGCGGGACGGGCGCCUCAUCCAGGAGUCGGACGACAGUGACAAGUACACCAUCGCGCCUGGCUGGCUGCGGAUCGCCGACGUGGACUACACGGACCAGGGCGUGUACAGCUGCCGGGCGCACACGGCGCUGGACGCGGCGGAGGAGAGCGCCGAGCUGCGGGUGGUGGGCCGCCCCGGGCCGGUACUGGAGCUGCAGGUGUCGGAGCAGCAGGAGCGCCGCGUGAAGCUGAGUUGGACCCCGGGGGAUGAUCACAACAGCCCCAUUGAAAAAUUCGUGGUGGAGGCGGAGGAUGGGCUCCGGGACCCCGGCACCUGGCGGGACGUCAGCACCGUCCCCGGCCAGCAGCCCUGGGCCCGGCUGCACCUGGCGCCCUACGGCCACUUCCGCUUCCGAGUCCGCGCGGCCAAUCAGUUCGGGCGUGGCGAGCCCAGCGCCGCCUCCGCCCCCAUCCACACCAGCCCGGCGGCCCCCGAGCGUUACCCCGAGGGGGUGGCCGGUGAGGGGAAUGAGACCGACAACAUGCUCAUCACCUGGAAGCCCCUGAACAAGUCGGACUGGAACGCCCCCGAGCUCAGCUACCGGGUGCAGUGGCGGCGUCUGGGCGAGGGGGGGAGCUGGAGCGAGGAGACAGUCAGUGGCCCCCCCUUGCUGGUAACGAAGACCCCCACCUUUGUCCCCUACGAGAUCAAGGUGCAGGCUGUGAACCACGUCGGCAAAGGGCCCGAGCCCCCCACCGUGGUGGGGUACUCUGGAGAGGAUGUGCCCCAGGUGAACCCUGAGAAUGUGGGGGUGGAAAUAUUCAACAGCACCAGCGUCCUCGUCAGCUGGACCCUGCCCAACAGAGACCAGCUGCGGGGUCACCUCCGGGGGUUCAGGGUGUUUUACUGGCGGCUGGGCAGUGUGGGGGAGCGGAGCCGGCGGCAGGCCCGGGCCCAGCCGCCCCCGCUGGUGCUGACGGUGGCGGGGGAGGCGUCGCGGGCCAGACUGGGGGGGCUACGCCCCUGGAGCUGGUACCGCCUCUACGUGGUUGUGUUUAACGGGCGCAGCGACGGGCCCCAUAGCGAGGACAUCGACUUCAGCACCCCCGAGGGAGUGCCCAGCCCCCCCAGCUCGCUGCUCCUGGAGCGGGUGUCGGACACGGUGCUGGCUCUGGAGUGGACACCCCCCCAGUUCCCCAAUGGGGCACUGACCGAGUACCUGCUGCAGUACCAGCAGGUGAACGGGUCGGAGCUGGGCCCCCUGCACGAAAUCUCCUUCCCCAUCUCCCAGCUGAACGGGACGCUGGCCCGGCUGGAGCCGCGGGCCCGGUACCGGUUCCACCUGCGGGCGCUGACCCGGGCCGGCCUGGGCGAGCCGCUGGUGCAGGAGGGCAGCACCGUGCCUGAGCCAGUGCUCCCCACUUUGGACAACAUCAGCAUCUCGCUGGUGGGCCCCGAUUUCACCGUCAUCACCUGGGUCCCGGCCCGGCACCAGGCCAGCGUGGAGUUCGAAAUCCAGUUCAUGAACAAGAGCGCUCUCGAGCCCUGGCGCACGUCCGGCCAGGCCAACUCCACCCACGGCUCCUACCGGCUGCUCGACCUGCAGCCCGGCACCUCCUACCGCGUCCAGUUCGUGGGGCGCGACCCCUCGGGGGAGAGCGUCGCCUUCUGGGAGAGCGAGGUGCAGACCAACGGCAAGCUGCUAACGACCGACCAGCGCAGCUUCGCCACCGAGGGCUGGUUCAUCGGCUUCAUCUGCGCCGUGGUCCUGCUCCUUCUGCUUCUGCUUGUCCUCUGCUUCGUCAAACGCAGCAAGGGCGGGAAGUACUCGGUGAAGGACAAGGAGGAUACGCAGGUCGACUCUGAAGCCCGACCCAUGAAGGACGAAACGUUCGGGGAGUACAGCGACAACGAGGAGAAGCCGUUCGGCAGCAGCCAACCCUCGCUCAACGGGGCACUGCCGGCACUGGGCAGCGAGGACAGCCUGGCCGACUACGGGGGCAGCGUCGACGUGCAGUUCAAUGAGGACGGGUCCUUCAUCGGCCAGUACAGCGGCCACACGGGCAAGGAGCCGGCCGGCAACGACAGCUCGGGGGCCACCAGCCCCACCAACGCCACGGCCGCCCUGGAGUAGGGGGGACAUGCCCCCCAGCCGGCCAAGCCCCCCUGGGGACUAGGGGAGCCCCUUCCUGCCCCAUGGAAAUUGGGGGCUGGGGUUACCCCCUAGCUGGGAAAGAGGGGACCCCCUUCCUGCCCCAGGGGAAUUGGGGGUUCAUGUACCCGUACCUCCUCCCCCAUCUCUGUUAGCUUCCCCCCUCCUGCCUCAGAACAGGAGGGGGGUAAUUUAAGGGAAUCCCUCCUUAGCCCCCCCAGAAUGUCCCCCCCUCCCCAAAGCAUCAUUUAUCUUCUGCAUGUGAUGGGCCAAAAAGCUUGGGGGAGGUGAGGGGUUAAUGGGGGGGCUCUGUACCCAGGGUUAAUAUUUGCCAAAAAAUAGACCCCCCCCCCAAGUAUCUCCAUGUUUUAAUCAUUCUGGGCUCAGCCUCUGCUCCACCCCUGGGCGUGCGACCAAGCAGCCGGGGGUGGGGGGCUGGGAGCCCGGACUCCUGGGUUCCAUCCCUAGCCCUUUCCCGGCUUCCUUUCAGUGGGGGGAGAAGGAUUGAACAUUUCCCCCUGCCCUGGGAGGGGGCUGUUCAAACCUCACCUGCAUCCUGGGAUUCUCCUGCCCCUCCCUCACCAAUGCUGGGAGCCCCCAACCCCCACAAGCUCCCCCGGGAUCGUCCCCCUCCACAAAUCCACCUCUGCCACCCACCCCCUGGACUCUCUGCGGGGGAGCCGGCGUCACCAUUUCACCCCCCCGUCAAAAGGGAACCGCCCCCCCCGCUUUCUCACACAGCUGCCUUUGCAACCACAUUUCUCAAGCCAAGUGGCCUCUUGUUCGCUCUGUGCCCCCCCCCCCCGGAUUUCCCCUCCCCCCUGUUGGGGGUCUCAGCUUCGCUCUGUGCCCCCCACAACCUUUUUUGCAUAAAACAGAUUUAAAAAAAACAUUUAAAAAAUGCCCUGGCCCCGUCUGGGUGGAGGCCUGGCCGGGGUCACCCCGUGUAGAUAGGUGCACCCCCCCACCCCCCCGCUCGCUGGGUCGUUGUGCUAGCCGUGGUCUGGGCCUGCUGUGUGCUGUGGGGUAGUCGUGGCUUCGCGUUCCGUAUAAGACAAGAAAUGGGGGAACAAAACUUUUUUUAAAAAGUCCCCUCCCGAAAUCCCGUCCCUGGGGCCGGCUAAGGCCGCGCUGCCCCCCCUGUGUCGUCCCCCCUCCCCCUCGUCAGCUGUCACUAGGGUCUCAAUCGAUGGCUUUUUUAUAUCUAUACUGUACAGACCGAACCGCCUUCGAAACACGGCGGAAUAAAAACUGAAAGCUA